GGCUCCUCCCCUUCCUCUCCCUUUCCUCCUCUCCCUUUCCUCAUUUACCGCUCCAUACCAUUAAAAGCCCUCACGCCCUUCUCCACGCCUGGAAGAGAACUACCUGUCCUCCCUCCCUCCCUCAUCCCAUCCUUCCCUCCUUCUUAAAGAAGUCACCAUCCAACCAACCAAAAAAAAAAGGAAACGCAAACACUCAGAACAUAAAACGUUCUCAUUGCUGGUCCAUCAUGAGAAGGAAAUCGCUGGUCGUGGUGGUGAUGUUGUUGUUAUGUUCUUUCGAUUCGAGUUUGGGGAUAUUGGAGCCGGUGGACUACCUCGCCCUCCAGUCCAUCCGCAAGUCCCUCUCCGACCUCCCCGGCUCCACCUUCUUCGCCGGCUGGGACUUCACCGGCGACCCCUGCUCCUUCCCCGGCGUCUUCUGCUCCGGCGACCGCGUCGUCGCCCUCGCCCUCGGCGACCCCCGCGCCGGCUCCCCUGGUCUCGCCGGCCGCCUCUCCCCUGCCCUCGGCCGCCUCACCGCCCUCACCGAGCUCUCCCUCGUCCCUGGCCGCGUCGCCGGCCCCAUCCCCACUUCCCUCUCCCUCUGCCGCUCCCUCCGCUUCCUCGCCCUCAGCCGCAACUUCCUUUCCGGCGCCGUCCCCCCUUCCCUCGCCUCCCUCCACCGCCUCCGUACCCUCGACCUCAGCUUCAACCUCCUAUCCGGCACCAUCCCUCCGGCCGUCGCGGCGAUCCCCGACCUCUCCAACCUCAUCCUCUGCCACAACCGCCUCGCGGGCCAAAUCCCUCCCUUCCCCUCCUCCUCCCCUCUCCUCCGCCUCGAUCUCAAGCGCAACUCCCUCUCCGGAGAGAUCCCCGCCCUUCCGGCAUCUCUCCGAUACCUCUCCCUCAGCUCCAACCGCCUCUCCGGCCCUGUCGACCGCGUCCUCCCCCGGCUCACCCGGCUCAACUACCUCGACCUCAGCAUGAACCAGCUCUCCGGCCAGAUCCCCGGCCAGAUAUUCUCCUUCCCCGUCUCCUCCCUCCAGCUCCAGCGGAACGAUUUCUCCGGCCUUGUCCGGCCGGUCGGCUCGCCUGCGGCGGGGGCGACGGUGGACCUGAGCUACAACCAGCUGACGGGGCAGGUGCCGGAGGCGCUGGCGGCGGCGGGGAGGUUGUAUCUGAACAAUAACCGGUUUUCCGGCGAGGUGCCGGCGAGGUUCGUGGAGAGGGUGGUGGGUGGGGCGAUAAAGGUGCUCUAUCUACAGCAUAAUUAUCUGACGGCAUUUGGGAUCAGCCCGGCGGCGACGAUUCCGGCGAGCACGUCGCUUUGUUUGCAGUACAAUUGCAUGGUGCCGCCGGUGGAGACGCCGUGUCCGGUGAAGGCCGGCCGGCAGAAGACGCGGCCGGCGGCGCAAUGUGGCUGGAGGAGCGGGUGAGCCGGAAUCCGACGUGACCCGAAGAAUUGGGAAAGCAGGGGGAAAUGGAUUUGUAAUUUUUUGUUUACUUUGCUUUCGAAAUUAUGAUAGAGAAAAAAUUUCUUUUUUUAUUAAAAAAAAGAAUACAGAGAAACGGGCUGCGAAAAUGAAAAUAAAAUAGUUACUCAAUUUCUGCAUAAAAAUGAACUGAAAAUAAAGGGCAUAAUAGUUUCA